AUGCCUGCCAUCCGGGGACAAGACUCGAAAAAGAAGACACGUCGCCACACGCGCGACCUCGACCAGAUCCACGCCGACCUGCGCGACGAGAAGCAUCUCGCAGAAUUCAAGGAUGCGAAACCCGUAGAAGAUUUGCCUGGUCUGGGCCAACACUACUGCAAAGAAUGCGCAAAAUUCUUUGAGAGCGAGACCAACUUUGUCGCACACCAGAAGGGAAAGGUGCACAAGCGCAGGGUCAAGCAACUGCGCGAAGAGCCAUACUCCAUCAAGGAGGCCGAAGCUGGCAUGGGCGGUCUUACAACAAACAACGGAAAGCGCACCACAACGCUCAUGGAGGUCGACGAUGGCGCUGCGACUUGAGAAGCUAGCAUAAAGAGCGUUCAAUAGACCAUCAAGAGGGCCACGACGCCAGAAACGAUGCUGCGCAGUACCUUGAAAUCUCUGUAAAAAGAGAUGGCGCACGCAGGAGCUGUCAUAUGUCAGGCACACAGAGGCCGCACAUGUAACUGCGCUCGGCGCUAUGUAGGCUCCCUGCUGCCUGGAGAGUUUGAUGGAUCGGAAAGCAUAUGCAUUGCACGGCGUUCAAAAAUUUGGGGCAUGGAGCGAAUAGAGAGGAUAGAAAGUUUCAAUGAUACCCGAGAUCAGCCUUGCUU